AUGCUUCUUAUUCACUACAUCAACCUAACUCACUUUCAAAACCACACUGAAUAUUUUCCAUAUUUAAAAAAUUAUCUAUAUCUAGAAUUUUUCUUAUACAUAAUUGAUACCAUCCAAUUUUCCUUUUUCUUCUGGGUUAUGCUAUGUGCAAAACAGUUUCAUUUCAAUUUCACUAUCUUGUUAGGUUAUAUUUAUUGUAUUCAUAUUAUGGAUAACAUCGCAAAUAUCACCAUGCGACUAGAUAUGUUCUUUGGAAUAGACGAUCUGAAAGUCUACAAUGAUAAGAUCUUCACUGCCUCAAUGAAUGUCUCAAUUUUCACAAUGGCAUCUGCAAUGUGCAUUUUACCAUGCAUGAUUAUUGAACGGUGUUUUGCCACGUAUUUUGUGGAAAACUAUGAGAAAAAGCCAAGAAAGUACAUUUCAAUUUCUUUGAUUUUCCUUCUUAUCACAUUUGGAACAAUUUCCUGUUAUUUUCUCCGUAACGCUUCAAAUACAAUAUACGUGGUGAUAUGUCUUAUAUCAUUAAAUGCAUUGGCUCUGGUAGUCACCGGGUAUUUAAAACACUACAACAAAGUGCAGUACAACAAAAACCACGCAAUAUUGUCGUCAGUGAUAACUACAUAUUCAUUAACUCAAAGAUACCAAAUAACAGAAAAUAUAAGGAUACUUCGGAUGCUCAACCUGAUAAUUUUUUACAUGGGAUUCAUGAAUGUAGUGCUUGUGCUCAGUGUGAUGUUAUCAGGAUUGAAGGAAAUAACUCCGGAGCAACAAGCUAUUUGUAGUGUUGCGCUUAACACUGCCAUUUUUGUUUAUAGCUUUUUGCUAUCACAUAUUAUUUCCUACUGCUGUGAAAAAUGGAAACGUCAUUUAUCAGCCACGUGGAGAAAGAUUGGCUUCAACUCUGCCACUGUUCAAGUUGCACCACUUUGCGAUACAUUUGGCUCCGAAAUGAAUGUGAAUGUGACCGUGGAGACUUAUUUCGAUAACCUCAAAACUACAUGGAAUGUGCCAACGACUUCUGCGACAAGACAACAUAGUAUUGUUGAAGCAUAAUUGUUUUGAAUUUUCUGGAAUUUAACUGUAACUAUAGAAUAAGCUAUUCAAAAAUUUUGUGAUUUUCCGAAUAAGCAAUAUUAUUUUUC